AUGACGAUAUUCAUCGUUUCGCUCUUCUUACCACACACCAUCGACUUCGCCCUGCCGGAGGGCUAUCAACUGCGCAAGUCUUCUCACCACCACCGCCGCAAGAGCUCUGGCCAGAGAGCCACGCUGUUUGGCCGUAUACCCAGCCAGUCGGCCACUCCUGCGUCCGCUUCUGCCUCUGCGUCAACGCCUACACAAGCGUCGAAGUCGGCAACAGCCCAUCGACCGUCGAGCUCUAGGGACCAAGGCCGCAUCUUCUCGCUCCCAGACUACUCCUCCUCCGGGAUAGAGAUUGAGUCGCCAGAGCCACGCCUGCUAGCGCCUAGUGACCCGCAUUCACCCCGUUGGGGGUCCCCAGGUGCAUUCAACCAGCCCAAAGCUCAGGCUCUCGCACCUCCAUCCUCGUCAAUCCUAAACCAUACCCAGGGCCGUCUCAAGGGCCAAGCUCAGGAAUCUGCCUCGGAGCUGUCCAAGACCCAGCCAGUCCUUAUUCCCGCCCAGGCACAGCCGCCUAGCGGCCAAGCUCCCCCGUUAAGCCAGGAUAAGGUCUUUGAAAGCGCAGAAUGGACCGUUCAACCCUCGGAACAAGGAAAUGGCGGACUUCUAAAUGCUAUCCGCUCUGCCGUCGACUGGCCGUAUAUGAAGGAUAAAAUAUGGGUUGGCACAUUGGGUAUGCCCACCGAUGCGCUGCAUGACAAGCAGAAAGAUGCCAUUGCCGAAAAGCUAGCCGCGGACUGUGAGGCGUUGACGAUAUUCGUCUCGGACAACGAUUUUGACAGCCACUACUCACAUUUCUGCAAGAUGAUCCUCUGGCCCGUCUUCCACUACCAGAUACCGGAUAACCCCAAGAGUAAAGCAUACGAAGACCAUUCGUGGGUAUAUUACCGUCGUGUCAACUAUAAUUUUGCACAGGAGAUUAUUAAAAACUGGAAGCGAGGGGAUGUGAUAUGGGUACACGAUUAUCACCUCCUUCUGGUGCCAGACAUGGUAAGGAAAGAGAUACCAGACGCCCAGAUUGGUAUCUUCCUACACGUCGCCUUCCCCUCGUCAGAGGUGUUCAGGUGUCUUUCUGUCCGGAUGGAGCUGCUCAAGGGAAUGCUGGGGGCCAACCUGAUCGGGUUCCAAACGCAGGAAUACUGCCAUCACUUCUUACAGACCUGUAGCCGCCUGCUUAAUGUGGAGGCUACCAAGGAUGGGGUGCAGCUGGAGGACAGGUUUGUCAAUGUUGGCACUUUUCCAAUUGGCAUUGACCCUGUCUCGCUUGAUAUUCGACGACAGUGUGGAGAGGUCAAGUCAUGGAUUCGUAUCCUACAGAAUAAAUUCAAAGGCAAACGGCUCAUCGUGGCCAGGGAUAAGCUUGACAACGUCCGAGGUGUCCGCCAGAAACUACUAGCUUUCGAGCUCUUUCUCAACAAGUACCCUCACUGGCGAGAUUCUGUUGUUCUGAUACAAGUUGCAUCUACCACUACAGAACAGCCAGAACUAGAGGCCUCGGUCUCUGAUAUCGCCACGCGCAUCAACUCAGUCCACUCUAACCUUGCCCACCAGCCUCUCAUCUUUCACAAGCAAGACCUUCUCUUCGACCAAUAUCUUGCCCUUAUAUCUGUUGCAGACGUCUUCAUGGUGACCAGCCUGCGUGAAGGAAUGAACCUCACCAGUCAUGAAUUCAUCCAUUGUCAGGACGGCCUGCUAUCCCCGUCUAAACAUGGGCCCCUGAUCCUUAGUGAGUUCACUGGUAGUGCCUCCAUUUUCCACUAUCAUCCUCUCCUUGUCAACCCAUGGAAUUACCAAGAGUGCGCCGACGCGAUCAAUACCGCCCUCGAAAUGCCUGCUGCUACUCGCCAGGCCCAAUGGACCCGACUCAACACCACGGCCAAGGAUCACGUAACCACCAGAUGGGUUAAUAACUUCACCUCUGCUCUUAACGAUGCAUACUACCAACAAUCAACUCGUGAAACUGUAGCCGUUCCGCGUCUUUCAAUUCCUAAUCUCUGUGACACCUACCGUACCUCCACCCGCCGUCUCCUCAUCCUAGACUACGAGGGCACCCUUGCUUCCUGGGGUCAACCUACCAACACAGUCCUUACAACCCCCCAGCGCGCUAUUGAUACCCUCACAGACCUACUUGAAGAUCCCUUUAAUACUGUCUAUGUCAUGUCCUCACGCAUGCCAGAGGAUAUGGAACGCCUCUUCAGCCGUGUCCCCGGUCUAGGCCUUAUAGCAGAAAAUGGAUGCUUUGUGCGGCCACCUCCAGCUUCCUCCCCGAUCCCUUCUCCGCCUUCCAAGUCUCUAGGCACCACAGAAUGGAUCCGCCUCAUUGACAUGUCCAAGAUGAAUGACUGGAAACUUUCCCUCUCGCCUAUGCUAAGCUACUUCCAAGAACGAACAGAUGGAAGCUGGAUUGAAGAAACCCAUGCAUCCCUUAUCUUCCACUAUGAGCGCGCAGAUGACCCAACUAGUGCAGAGCGCCAUGCUUCCGAAUGUGCGAAUAACGUCAAUGAUAGUUGUGGCAAUCAUGGCCUCAGGGCAGUGCAGGCCGACGGCUGUGUGGUUGCUGGACCAGUGGAGCCAAAUAAAGGUACAGCUGCAGGCGUUGUGUUAUCGGCGUAUACGAGAAGAGAGUCUCGGAGGAGUUCUAGUGCCGGUAGCACUAAUAGCGUGAAGCACGGUAUGGCGGGAGAAAUUGACGAUAUGGACGAAGAUGCACCGGAUUUCAUACUCAUCAUUGGUGAUGGGAGGGAUGACGAACCUGCGUUCCGAUGGGCGAAUCGCCUAGGUGAAGAGAAGAAGGUGAAGAAUGUUAUGACUGUUACGUUGGGGUCGAAAAAUACGGAGGCCAAGGCCACCUUGACGCAGGGCGUUACUGGUAUGCACACCCACCCAAAUUUCCACUAUUAG